AUGGUCCCUGAAGACUUCUAAGAAAUACCAAGGCCACUGGGUGAGCCAAAGAGAUAUCUCCCCUCAGAGCCCAGCCUGUCCUGCUCCCAUUCUGGGGGCAUUCGUCAGAGUCUGCUCCUGUAGUAUGCAGACACCCAUAACCGAGGAGCCGCUGUGCCCCAACUCGGGCGAGCUUGGGGCUCAGCCGCGAUCCCCUCCCACCGCCUUCUCGCCGUCCCCAUCCCCCACGCUGACUUUCCCUUUCUUCGGGCUGCAGCUGCAGCUGGAGAGACUCAGCCAUCACAGUUCCUCGUUUGACUCUUGGAUGGAAACUUUAGAGUUGGUUUUGAACUUGGCCAGUGAAGCCAGAUGCUCCCUCUUGAUAUCCGGUUCCCUACGUGGCCUUGAGGGAUCUGGUUUUAAUGACCUAGUCUGAUCACCACAGCCACAGCAGUAGCAGGCCAAGAGAGGGCUUGUGUGGGUUCAACAGGUGAUUGCUUUGCUGACGCUGCACUCACUGGGAGAAGCUGGCAGGUCCUCCAGCCCAGCAAGGAGAUGUUCCCGGGACAUCUCAUCCAAAGGCACAGGACUCACAACCUGGAGCUUUCAGGAGCAGGUCUGGCAAAGAUCCAGGCCCAAGGCACGGCAUCAGCUUCGGACAGCAUGAGAACACACAAGAUUCAGUUACACCAAUGCAUGAAAAAGACCAGACUGGUUGUUGUAAGUGCCCACCUUCCAUCCUGAGACGGAAACCACCAGAGUGCCCCAUACCAGGUGACAGGAGAAGAGCCGAGAGGCGAGUCCGCUUCCAAGAGCCGGAGGAGAUGGCUGUGCAUGACAUCUCCUAUGUGGACACAGUUGGAGCCCCAGGCAGGUGGUCACCUGGAUGUUCUCUGUUCCUGUGCCUCAGCCUUUGUAUCCUGCUUGGACUAGCCCUGAGCCUCUACUGUGGUCAGGCCAAGCUGGGCUCAAAAGCCCUGGAAGAAUUCCGAGCCUGGCUCCUCCUCUUCCUCCUCCGCGUGAGACACAUGGCUGUGACCUUCUGGAAGUGGUUUGGGAGGCAGUGACAGAGCCCCGGCGCCUGUGCAGAUGUGGAUUUUCCACCUUCCUCAUUUUGAGGAAUCUCUUCAGCUGCAGUUCUGGAAAGCAACUUCUACAGCCCCAUAUCUUCCAAGGCAAUGAAUGGUAUCUGAGUCUGGAAUAUGGAGGGCUCUGAAGCGAAGUCCCUGAAAGCCAAGGGUCUUCUGAGCAGCAUUUUCAAGUUCAAGGAGAAACGACAGUGAGUCUGCUGAGAAAGCUCCAAGCCCCUGUUCUUCUGGGUUCUCCAGGGGCAGCCAUAAGUGGUAUGAGAACUUCUCACAAUCACUACUAAAAUACAUAUGCAUGCACACGCACACAAGCACACACCCAGAUGUUCAGAGCUGGAAGUGAUCUCAAGUUUAACUUGGAGUUACCUGGAGGAAUCCCUUCUACAACAGGGCCAAUAAGUGCUCAUCUAGCCUCCACUUGAACACUUCUAGUGAUGAGGAUCUCACUACUUUCAGAGACAAAUCAUUCCACUUUGAGUCGAUUCUAAUUGGUAGGGACUUUUUCAUUAUAUUGUGCUAAAAUCUGCCUCUCCAGUAACUUUCACCCUUAGCUCCCAGUUCUGCCCUCUGGGCCAAACAGAAUAGGUCUCACACCUCUCUCCCACAAUACCCCUUCAGGUCAUUGAAUGUAGUGACCUGAGUAUGUGCUGAGUUUUCCCUUCUCUAGGCUAAAUAUCCCCACAUCUGUGAACAUAUCCUCAUAUAGGAUGGUCUUCAGUCCUCAUCAUUUGGGUCAUCUUCCUCUCCAGCUUUUCAGUGUCUUGCUAAUGUAUGGUAUCCAGAAAUUAAUACGGUAUUUUAGACAUGUUUACCAUGGCAGAGGUCAGCCAGACUAUGGCCUCCUUCAUCCUGGACACUCAGAUUCCUUUAAUGCAACCUAUAAUUGCAUUCUCAUUCUGAUUGCUAUGUCAUUCUGUUGACUCAUCUUGAGCUUAUGCUCGGUCCAUUAAGAAUCCCAAGUUUCUCUUAUUCAUAGAUAUGUAUACUUAAACUCACACAAAUGCACAUAUCUGUGCAUGUACACGUACACUUGUGUACACACACACACACACACACACACACACACACACACACAUUCCUCUAGGAUUCUUGGAAGCCCAAACACUGCCAGGUUAAACUGCUGUUCCAUUAAUCACACAUUGGACUCAUGUUACUAUAACUUUUAUCAAAGAACAUUGGAUGCUGGGCAAAUCAUUUUCUCAAUCAUUAAAGAAAGUUUCACUUGUUUGUCCAUGAA